AUGAAAACUCGUGGAUAAAAAACAGACCAUAACUUUGCAUAUCAAUUCAAAAAGGAUUAGAUAUUGGGAUAAAAUGAAAAAGGAAAGCCAGUCUUCUAUAAGGUAGUAGAAGAUCUAUAAACAAAUGAUCAUAAAUCAUAAUUAAAAGUGGUAAGACUAGAGUAACAAGAGAAGUAAAAGGAUGGUAAAGUUGUCUAUAAAGAGUCAAAAGAAGCAUUAUUAUCAGUUAAGGAAAGAACGUAAUAUAAGAUAUUAAUUUUAGUUAAAUUGUGGAAGAUGUUGAAGUAAAAUCCACAAAACCAAAUCCUAAGAGUAAAUCUACAGUGAAUUCUUUUGUAUUCACUCAAGAUACUUUAUAAGAGAUAGCCAAGAGUGUUAGGCAAAUUCCCUCCAAUACAUAGUAGUAGAAGAAAUAAGUAAGUUCUGAAAGUGAAAAUGAAGAAGAGGAAUCACCUAAAAAGUAUACAAUUAAAAAAGGAACCAAAUAAGCUGUUAAAGGAGAGACUCAAAAAAAGGAAGUUAAGAAUAAUAAGAAAAAAAAAGAUGAGUCAGAUGAAAGUUUUGAUGAAGAAUCAUCAGAUGAAGAGCCAAAAAAAAAUAAAGCUUCAUUAAAGAAACAUACUCAAAAUUAGGUUAAGAGUAAUCAAAAAGUAAAUAAAAAAGUUAAUUUGGAUGAGAGUGAAGAGAGUUCUUAAGAAGAAAAUUAAUAAGAAUAAACAAAGAAAAGAGUCACUAGAUAAACACCUGCUUCUUAAAAGGAUAAACAUGAAUAACUACCAACACAAAUUAAGAGAGGUAGAGCUCAAAUAUAACAAGAUUCUGAUGAAGAUGUUAUAGAUAAUUAAGAUUAAUCUUAAUCAGUUGAAUAAUAGAAAAAGAAAGGUAAAGCAAGUGAUAAGAAAUCUAAAUCUUAACCUGCUUAACCACCUAAAUUUAUUAAAGGAAAAAUUAAUCCAGAUUAUAGAGAAAUAAAAUAAAUUUGUGAACAAUUUGAAGGAACAUCAUCUAGAUUUACUGAUUAUUCUAGUACUAUGAUGAAUAAUAAGGAAUUGAUUAGAGCUGCUAAUACUGGAAAUAGUAGACUAUUAGAAGAUAUCUUAGGUCAUUCUUUAAAAAUUAGUAAUCUUUUUUAAAAAUGGGCUCCUGAAAAUGAUGUGAAUGCUAUUGAACUCAUAUUUUAAAGGUAAGAUAAGGCUAUGUUACUUUAAUUUAUAAAAGCCAUAGGUAAAGUAAAACUUGGGAGUGCUCCAAGAUGUUCAUUAAAAGAAAUCUAAACAGGAUUUAAUGAUUAAUAUGCUUAUGGUGCUAGAACUAGAAAGGUUGCUUUAAGUAGAGGAGGAAGAGAAGGAAAUAAUGCUUUUGUUUAGGAUUUGGAAUAAGAGAAUAGUUUAACGGAGACAUAGAUUGAAAGAUUAAUGAGAAUUGAUAGUAAUCCAGAGUUCUUUGGUUUAAUGAUGGCUUAAUUUGGAGAUGAACAUCAAUAUUAUACUCAGAUUGCUAUUGCAGUCAGAUGUGGAAAUUGGAAUACUGCUGGCUAUUUAGUUCAAAUGGCAAUGGAUAAAGGACAUAUGUAUGGAUUCAAUUAAGUCCAUGUUGAUGUUUUAAAUUAUACAAGUGCAAGUCGUAUUGGUAACAUCAAGAAACCAUCAGCAACAAAGAAAUCAGGUGGAAAUUAUUUAAUUACACCAAUCCAUUGUGCAGCUAUAAAUCCAAAUCAUGCAUGUCUUUAGAAAUUAUUAGAUAUUUCAUAGGAAUAUAAUAUUUUGGAUGAAAUACAUAGAAAACCUAUCCAUUAUGCUGCAGUUUCAUAGACUUCAGCAUGCUUGAAAUAUUUGAUGGAAAAUAAUAUAGAUGUAAGAGAGGGAGAUAGAAGUAAGAACACACCAUUAAUUUUGGCAGCUUAAUAUGGUCGUACACAUAAUGUCUAACUUUUGGCAUCAAAUAAUAUUGAUGGAAAAAAUAGAGAUGGAAAUGCAGCAAUUCAUGUUGCAUGUUAAGGAGGACAUUUAGAAACUGUAAAGGUUCUAUUAAAAUAAGGAUCUAAAAUUAAUUUAACAGGAUAAAAUAAAAUGACUCCAUUAAAUAUUGCUUGUGCAUAUGGUCAUUAUGAUCUAGCUAAGUAUUUAAUAGAUAAAGGAGCAAAAGUAUUGGCUAAAGAUAAAUAUGGAAGAUCUUCUUGUGUUUUGGCUGCUAGAAAUGGUAAUGUUAAGAUACUUUCUUUAUUACUUUAUCAUGGAGCUGAAUAUGAUUCUCCAGAUAGCUCAAAAAAUACUCCAUUACAUUAUGCAGCUGCUUAUGGUUUUCCAGAAUGUAUUGAUGAAUUAAUGAAAGUUGGAGCUGAUUAAAAUUUACCAAAUUCUUGGAGAUUGACUCCUUUAUCAGUUGCUUUAUAGAAAAAUCAUUUAGGUAUAGUUAAAUAAUUGUUGAGUUAUCCUUCUACAGAUGUGAAUUGUAAGGAUGAUGAAGGCAGAACAUUGAUAUCAUCAAGCUUAAGCAAAUUUACAGUAGAUACUUUUGAGUAUAUAAAAUAUUUAGUUUUGGAAAAGAAUGCUGAUGUUAAGAUUGCUGAUUUAUAAGAAAAGACUCCUUUACAUUAUGCUGUAUUAUUGUCUAGAAAGAAUGCAAAAUAAUAUUAUUAUAAAUGGAAUGAUUUUACUAAAGAAGAGAGAAGAAAUAUCAAAAAUAAUUAUGAAAAUUUAGUUCAUUAAAUUAUUGAACUAUUAAUUAAUGCAGGUUCAGAUGUAAAUGCCUAAGAUGCAAAUGGAUUUACACCAUUUAUUCUAUCCUUUAUGAACUAGAAUUUCAAGGUUUCAGAAUUAUUAAUGAAAUUAUCAAAUCCUACUGUAAAUUAUGUUGAUAAAAAAGAUAGAAAUAUUUUACAUAAAUUAAUAGAAUGUAGAUUAUUUUGUAAUGUGAAAGGAUUUUCAAUGUUAGAAAAUAUAAUAAAAACUAUUGAUCCAUCAUAUGUUAAUUAAUAUGAUGAAAAUGGAUGGAAUCCAUUAAUUUAUCUCAUAUCUGAAUAUACAAGUUAGGCAGAAGCACAACAUACAUAAAUUUUUAAUAAGAAAGUAUCAAAACUUUAAUAAAAAUUAUUUGAAGAGAGAUUAAAAGAAUUGAUAGAAGAAGAAGAAAGAAUUAAUAAAGAAAAAUAAUUGUAAAUGUAAAUUUAGAAUGAAGAGAAUUUAAAGAAAAAGUAAAAGUAAAAAGAAAAUCAAAAUUAAGAAGAUGAGGAUGAGGAUGAAAAUGUUAAAGGAAAUUUAAAUAAAGUAGAUAAGGAAGAUGAUAAAAAUAAGAAACAAAAUGGAAUUGAUGAUGAUGAUGAUGAUGAUGAAGAUGAUAACCAUGGUUAUAAUUAUCAAAAUAACAACUAAACUAAAUAAGGAUUAUUUGGAUAUCCAAAUACAGUUUCUAAACCUUAAACUAAUUUUGUACCAACCAAGGACCAAUUACAUACAAAAACAUUCUAUUAUAAAAGCAGGCCAGUUAUAGUCUUUUUAAAUAAAGAAUAAGUAGAUGAUUUGGUUAAAUAGACAAAAUAAGAAUCUUUGAAUUUAUAAGACACAGUACUUAAAUUGUACAAAUUGUUUAUAAAUUUGGGAGCAGAUCCGAAUUCUUCAAUAAUAAAGAGAAAGUAAUAUAGAGAUGGAGAAUAAGAAAAAUAAGAUCAUCCCUAUAUUAAUGAAGGAGGUUAUACUCUUGCUCAUUUUAUUUUCAAAUAACACCAUAGUAUUUCAUUCCUUCAAGGAAUAGAUGAUAUCAAACCUAUACCUUUGACUUAAGCAGCAUUAUAAAAUAUUUAUCCAAUACAUCUUUUUGCUAAUUCAUGCAAUACUAAUUUUAUUUGUGGAAGAGAAAAUGAAACAAGCAAAACAUUUUUGGAGUAUGUAAUUAAUAAAAUUAAUAUUAAUGUAUAAGACUAGAAAUUAAAUACUCCUACAAGUUAAAUAGCUUGUAGGUAUGUUUCUACUUUAGAUGGAAUCCUAGAUAUUUUAAUUUCUAAUGGGGGAAGUCUCAAUAAUUUGAAUGAUGCUGACGAAAUCCCAUUAUAAUAUUGGGUAAAAUAAAAUAAUGUAAAAGUUGUUGCAACUCUUUUGACUAGAUUUAAAGCUGAUCCUAAUUUCCCUGAUCUAUUAAAAAGAACAGCUUUGCAUCAUGCUAUAAAUUCAUCUAAUUCUUAAGCUGAUGCUAGUUUUGAAAUGGAACAUUUAUUGAUAAAGAAUGGAGCAAACACUAAUGCACUUGAUAUUUUCAAAAGAACUCCUCUCUUUUAUGCAUUCACAAAAAUGACUCAUGAUAAUGAUUUUAGAGAAAUUGAUCCUUUUGAAACAGUAUCAUCUAUUAUAGCUGAUAAAAAUUGUGAAGUUGAUUGUGUUGACAUACAUUAAAGAUCUCCUCUUCAUUAUGCUGCAAUGAGAGGAAGUGUAAUAUCAGGAAGAUACAUGAUUAAAAUGAAAGCUCCAAUAGAUGUUCCUGAUAAAUAUGGUAAUACACCAUUGGCUUUGGCAUUUUUAUGUGGUCAUUCUAACUUCUGUACAAUGCUUAUAGAUAAUAAAGCAGAUGUAAAUAGAUAUGCUAAUAUCAUUGAUUAUGAAAAGUUUAAACAGGAAGAAAAGAAAAAGAGAAAGGAAAGAAUUUAAAGUGGAUAAGCAAUAGAAUAGGAAGAUGAUGUAAUUUUUACAGAUGAUGAACAAUAAGAAAAUUAGAUAGAUGAUAACGAACUUAAUGGAGGAAUUAUUUAACCUACUAUAAUGCCAUUUGGAGGAAAUAGUGUAUAAAAUAUGCCAAGUUUAUUUUCAGGUUAGACUAAAUAUUAAAUAACAUAAUAAUUUUAAUAAUAAUUUCAAUUUUAAGUUUAAUAAUAAUAAUAAUAAUAAUAAUAAUAACAAUAAUAAUAAAAAUAAUCAAGUAAAAUUUAUUUAUUACAAUCAAAUAAAUUCCCUGUAGGAACAUAUUCAUAUUUUAAAUUAGCAAUAAAAUAAGGAUGGUAAGGAUUAGCUUAUUUAUUAAUUUCUGAUGGAUAUGAUCUACAAAGAGCAAUAGAAGAUGCUAUAAUGGAAGAACAAUUCAAAUUAGUACGUACUUUAUUGAUGAAAGUUAAAGAUGAUAAAAUUGUUUAAAAACAAAAUAAAAAUAAAUAAAAUCUCUUUCAUAUAUUUUCAAUAAAAGGUAGAAAAUGUACAGAAGAAAUUGCAUUAAUGAUAGCUGAUGAAUUAACAAAUAGGUAAGUUGAUAAAAAUGCUAAAGAUGAUAAAAAUUAUACUCCAUUACAUUAUGCUGCUAAAAAUGAUUUUUUUGUAAUGAUUUAAUAUUUAUUGCAAUCUAAUUGUGAUCCAAAUAUUUACAACAUUAAUUAAAACACUCCAUUCUCUAUAAGAUUAUAAAAAAAUUAUUAAGCUUUGGUAUCUGAUAUAGAAUUAUAACUAUGGAAAGAAAAAAAUACAAAUUUAAAUGUAAAAUUCAAAGUUAAAGAUAAAAAAUAUUAAUUAUCACCUAUUUUAUUUUUGAUUCAAGAAUUUCAUUUAGAAGAUGAAAUAAUACUAAAUAAGUUUACUGAUGCUGGAUGUGAUAUUAAUGAAAAGACAGAUACUGGAGAAACAUCAUUAAUGUUAUCUAUUAAAAUAAAUUCUAUGAAAUUAGUCUAUUUUAUAUUGAAUCAUCCUAAAUUUGAUAAAACUUUUCAUUCUUAAGAUUCCUAAAAUAGAACACCAAUUCAUUAUGUAGUUUAACCUCUUGAAUUUGGUUCAUAUGAAAAUAUUUAAAUGUUGGAAAUAUUAUCAAAAUAUUUUGAUAUCAACUAACCUGAUAAAUUUGGAAGAACUCCAUUGGAUUAUGCUAAUGAUCAAGAUUCAGGAACUAUGGCUGAUGCUCUUAAACAAUUAAAUGCUAUAGAAGGCAAGAAAUAAAAAUAGCCUAGACUUCCUACUAGUAUUAUUUCUUAAGCAUAAUGGGUUGAAGAAGAAAUUGAUGUUGAGGCUGAUGCUUAGAAAUUUUUAGAUGAAAAUGGAGAAUAAUUGGAUGAUUCAAAAUAAGACCCUAAAAGAAUAGUAGAUCCUUAAGCUUUAUAAUCAGGUAAAGUUGAAGUUUGGAUUGAUAAAGAAUCUGGUCCAUAUUCAUUAUUGAUGACUAAAGUUGAUAUUGGUAAUGGUAUAUAUUCAGAGAAUGUAUUUUAUAGAAUGCAAGUCUUACAUGAAAUUAAUAGAAAUGUUUUUAUACUCUUAACUAAAUGGGGAAGGAUUGGAACAACUGGAUAACAUCAAUUAACACCUUUUGAAAAUGCAGAAGAAUGUAUCAAGGAAUUUAAUAAAAUAUUUCAUACUAAAACUGGAGGAAAUAAUUGGAGAAAUGUUUAGACUGGAGAAGAACCAUUUGUAAAGAAACCAGGAAAAUAUUAAUUGAUUAAUUUUAAGAAUGCAAAAAAUUAUAAGACUUUGCUUUCACCCUUUGAUUUUAGUAAGAAAAGUCCUUAUUAAUAAAGUAAUUUAGAUAAAGCUAUAAAGAGAUUUAUGUUAUAAUUUGUUUAAGUUAAAUUGUAUAAUAAAGAUUUAUAAUAAUUCCAUGUUGAUUUAGAUUCUAUGCCUAUUGAAAGAUUAGAUAGAAAAUUAUUGGAAGCAGCUAAAGCUAUUUUAUAUGAAUUAACAGAUUGUGUUGAAGAUCUACAAUCACUUAGAAAAAAAGGUGAUCUUGAUAUUAAAAAGAUACAAAAUAUUUUUAAUGAAAUUUGUGAUAAAUCAAGUAGAUUUUAUGAAAUAGUUCCAGUAACAGAAUUAAGAACAGAACCUAUUCCUCCUUUGGAUACAGUUGAAGCAAUAAAUUAAAAAUUAUUAUUAAUAGAAACAUUACUAAACUUUGAAAUAACUUCUAAAAUUUUAUUGGGUGCACAUUUAAUGAAAUAAUCAAUUAAUCCAUUAACUUAUUGUUUUAAUGCACUUAAUGUUAGAGUAGUUACUUUACCAAAGGAACAUCCUGAAUUUAAAUUGAUAAUUUAAUAUAUCAAUUCAUCUUAAAAAGCAAAGAUUUCAAAUAUAUUUGCAGUAGAAAGAAGAGGAGAAACUGAAAGAUUUGAACAUAAUAAAGAAUACAAGAGAUUGCUCUUAUGGCAUGGUUCUAAGAUUUCUAAUUUCAUGGGUAUUUUAGCUUAAGGAUUGAAAGGUAUUGAUUGAUUUAUAUAAAUAUAGUUGCACCUCCUUGGGCAUUUAAUACUGGGGCUAUGUUUGGAAAAGGCAUCUAUUUUGCUGAUAUGUUUUAAAAAUCAUAUGGUUAUACUUCAGAUUGGUCUCUCCGUUAUAAUUAGUAUAAUGGACUUUUCUAAUAAGAUGGAUAUUAUAAUAGAUAGAUUAAUGCUUAGAAAGAUGAAUAAGAAGAAAUUCAGAGAUACAGAUACAUGUUACUAUGUGAAGUAGCUGUUGGUAAAUCAAAGAAUCUAUAUAAUGCUGAAAAUAUUUCUAAUUUAGAUAGUAAUUUUAUUAAUAAAUUAUUUUAGAAAAAUAUUAAUCAGUUAAAGGAUGUGGAAGAAGAGGACCUGAUUAUAAUUAGUCAGUUGUUUUGGCAAAUGGAUGUAAAGUACCUGUUGGAUCAUGCAUUGAUUAUCAAUAACCAAAUAAGAAAGAUUAAAAUGGAAAUUAAAUGCAUUAUUAUAAUCUACAACAUAAUGAAUAUAUAGUUUAUGAUGAAACUAAAGUGAAGAUUAGAUACAUGGUUUAGAUAGACACAAAAGAUACAAUAGAUGAAUAUUGA